ACUCUGGACUUCGUUGACUCUCUCCUCUCUGGAUGCUUUGGACAAGUUAGUGGGCAGCUGAGAGCGGCUAGCUGUCAGCAGAGCUGUGUUUUCAGUGCCUGGGACCUUAUCCGCUGACACCAUUUUUGGAUGGAGCAAUUGUGAUCCCACUGACACUUCCUUGUGCUAAUUCGCUCAUAGAUACCAAAGUGGAGAUUUGAUCCUGGUCCAUGUACAUAGCACAUACCUCAAGUCCCUCAGAGAUGAAUGCCAACAGUAUGCCUAAACAAGUGGAGGUGAGGAUGCAUGAGAGUCACCUGGAGCCCAUUGAGGCCAGGCCCCAGUCAAAAUGUGCCAAAAUCUGCUCCAAAUUGUUCAAGAAUCUCCUGCUCACACUCACCGUACUCGGUGUGAUUCUUGGAGCUGUAUCAGGGAUGUUGCUUCGUGUUGCUUCCCCGAUCCAUCCAGAUAUUGUCAUGGUGAUCGCUUUUCCUGGAGAUAUCCUGAUGAGGAUGCUCAAGAUGUUGAUCCUUCCUCUCAUUAUCUCCAGUUUAAUAACAGGUCUGGCUGGUCUGGACGCCAAAUCUAGUGGUCGCCUGGGCACCAGAGCUAUGGUCUACUACAUGACCACCACUAUUAUUGCUGCUGUCCUGGGAGUCAUCCUGGUAUUAGUCAUCCACCCUGGCAACCCCAAGUUAAAAGAGAAUCUGGGUGAAGGCGAGAAAAAUGAUGAUGUGUCCAGCUUGGAUGCCUUCUUUGAUUUGAUCAGGAACCUGUUCCCAGAGAACCUGGUGCAGGCUUGUUUCCAACAGAUCCAAACAGUCACAAAAAAGGUGGAGGUCAUUGCUGAAGAGGAACUCAAUGCGACCAGUGUGGAGGGCCUGGUGGCUAACAUCACCAAGGAGCCUCAGUACAUCAUCAAAAAGUCACUGCAAUUCAAAAGUGGCAUGAAUGUUUUGGGCCUGAUUGGUUUCUUUAUUGCAUUUGGCAUCUGCAUGGGCAAGAUGGGAGAGAAGGCCAGGCUCAUGAUUGAAUUCUUCAAUAUCCUCAAUGAGAUUGUGAUGAAACUUGUCAUCAUGAUCAUGUGGUACUCUCCUUUUGGUAUUGCAUGUCUGAUUUGUGGCAAGAUCAUCUCCAUCAAGGACUUGGAGGUGGUGGCCCGGCAGCUUGGCAUGUACAUGGUGACGGUUAUUAUAGGCCUCAUCAUCCAUGGAGCAAUCUUCCUGCCCAGUAUUUACUUUGCAAUCACCAGGAAAAACCCCUUCACCUUCUUCUUGGGCAUCUUCCAGGCCUGGAUCACUGCUCUGGGGACAGCCUCCAGUGCCGGUACACUGCCUGUUACCUUCCGUUGCCUGGAGGAGAAUUUGGGCAUCGACAAAAGAGUCACUCGUUUUGUGCUUCCAGUCGGUGCCACCAUCAACAUGGAUGGAACUGCUCUGUAUGAAGCCGUGGCUGCCAUCUUCAUUGCCCAAAUGAAUGGUGUCAACCUUGAUCCUGGUCAGAUAGUCACAGUCAGUCUGACAGCAACUUUGGCCAGUGUUGGGGCAGCCAGUAUUCCCAGUGCUGGCCUGGUGACUAUGCUGUUGAUCCUUACUGCCGUUGGCCUGCCAACCCAAGAUAUCAGUCUCUUGGUUGCUGUUGACUGGCUGCUGGAUCGAUUCAGGACCUCAGUGAAUGUGGUGGGUGACUCCUAUGGUGCAGGCAUCGUGUACCACCUGUCAAAGGCAGAGUUGGAGGAGCUGGAUUCGCACAUGGCUAAAUCCGAUGACAUUGAAAUGAUGACAAAGACCCAGUCUUAUUAUGAUGACAUGAAGAACCACCACGAAAACAAUUCCAACCAGUGCGUUUUAACCGAAACCGCUUCCACUACUGCUACCACCACUGCUAACAAUUCCGUCUUAGUAGAUGAAUGCAAGGUAACCUCAGCCACUAACGGCUCUGCUGCGGAGUGUACGCUUGUUGAGGAGGAACCAUGGAAACAUGAAUAAUGGCAGCACAGAGAUCCCCUGCUCCUGGGCUCCACAAGCUUUCCUAUCUGGUGAUAAAAAAAGAGCGAAAGAAAAGUCACACGAACAGAACUACUAAUUGUUUUUUAUGUAGUUUUCUUAUUUUCUUUUAUUUUUUAUUAGUCCCUUUAAAAGUUUUUGUAACUGUCUAUCUGACUGGUAUGUAAUACUAAUUCACUUAACCGUGAACUGAUAACAGAGGAAUACCUCACCUGUUAGAGCGCAUUUCUAUCCUGUAUAGCAGAUACUUGCACAACACGAUACUUCAAGGCUUGGAGAGGGAAAGAAGAAAGAAAAAAUGGUAGAUAAGCCAUUCUUAGCAAUACAUCCUGAUUGUAUGUUCAUAUGCAGAGAGACAAAGUGGCUGUAUUACACACAUAGAAACCAUCUUUGAAGUUUCCGAGAAUGCCCAUUCUUCAUGACAGCCAAUGUAACUCACCAUCCUUACAAUGUGUGCACAAAGCCACUGCCUUUGCUUUCCAGCUGAGUCUCUCAUCUCAAGUCAUAAUUGUCAGUCUGUAAAGAGCAUCUGAUUGCAAAUACUGAAGUAUUCAGCUUCCCUGAGGUCUAGAAAACUGGUCCAGGGGUAGCAGUCAGGACAAGAAAACCACAAUAAGCCUCAUAAUUUCUAAAGCACAAUACAUUCUGUGGAGCCCAUUUAUUAUUAUAUUUUUAUUACCUUUCUUUUUGUCUUUAUUUGCCUUUUGUUUUUGUUUUUUGUACCCAUUGAAAAAAGAUUUUAAAUUAAUUUAUUUGCUUGACACAGAGGGAAAGAGAGAGAGCUACGGUUUUUAAUAUGACCAAGUUAAAAAAAAGGGACCAAACAGGCAGAAAAUCAAUCAGCUCACAGAGGCCUUUGAAGCACUUCUGUGACAUCACUUGCAAAAUAUUUUCCCAUUUUUACAAGUUGUCCACUUAUACCUGGGAGGCACAGCAGCGGAUACUUUAAAUGUUAUGCAAAGACAAUAACUGCCCCUGCACUUUGUUUUACCCUGCCCCCCAAAGUUGCAUAUUGAUGCCAAUGAAAGUAAAAAAUGAAUUUAUUUCUAAAUAAAAUUUAUAAAUACAUGAACGUUUAGGAUCCUAAAUAAAAGCAGAGAUUAUUUAGAGCACAUAUAUGGUAAAAGAGCACAAAUAAAGCCAAAAUGCCAGAGAGUUCAAUUUUCUGCCAGUCCUUUAUAAUUAAAGUCCUUCAUAUUAUCAUUUCAUGUCACAACUCAUCACGGUUCAAGGAAUUUUUAAAACACAGCAAGGGACAGUAGAAACUCAGGCUUGUAUGUUUACUUUAUCACUGGGAUAUGAUGUAAUCCUAAAUGUUUACUUGCUCUCUAGAGCAUCUCACCUUAAGAAAAUGGCCUCUUAACAGCACAAGGUUUACAAGCUUUGGCUAUAUAUAUAUAUAUACACUCAUCUUUUUUUCUUUUUUACUGGAAAAAGAAUAUGAUUGAAAAGAAGUUUCCCUGCACAUGAAGUAAGUACAUGCACAUUGUUCAGACUGCACUCCAAUGGUCAGAUGAUAAUGUGUACUACCUGAAAGCACAAUUAUGAUUAAGCACUGCAGAGCACACAUGGUAAAGCAGCAGAAACAUUCCAAAAGAAAGAAAUAAAGAAAGGUAUAGGUCGGCAUUGAGCUGUCAGAUGGAUUAUUGGCUUUUUAAAA